AUGGAACCACGGCGAUGGCGGCCGAAGUUCUUCAACCCUUUUACAGAGCGCCAGCUUUUGACAACGCACCUGCCUGUUUACCGUGGAUUUUUUCGCGUUAUGCCGUUGCACAGGUGGAGCCUAACUGAUAUUCAGGCAGUUCUCGGUUAUGCUGCGGUACAUCCGUCCCUCUUCGGUCUCCCAGAGCAGCCCACCUGUAUCGUGAACACGGCUUACUUCCUGCCUUCUCACCGUAGCCGUUCCCGUGGGGUUUGGGUGUUUGGCCCCGAGAGGGGAUGUAGGAGCAUUGUUGUGCCUGCAUCCUGUAAUGCGGAGCCUUUUGAUGCGUUGGAUGCGAAGCUGAUCGAACCCCUCUUUCGUUGGAAUCCUGGUGUUGAGUACGUUUAUCUUUCCCGUUUCUGUCAGCCAAUGGCGUUGUAUCUGGUGCCCUACCUGCAGCGGUGCACGCAGCUGCGCACAAUCACGCUGGAGGGAUGGGACGAUGCCACAGCAAUUCACCGGGUGCUGAUGGCAUGCAAGAACGUGGACGUGUUAGACGCCUUUUCCUUGGAUGACCCACCACGGGAUUGGAAGAAUGAGUUGUCUGUUCAGGCGCUCAAUACACUUAUUGAGAUGCACCCCAAGCUCAUUUGUGUGAAGGCAACGCGACUGUACCUUGCCGACUGGCACGAUGCGACGCAGUUUUCGCGGUGCAAGCACAAUAUUGCGCUGGUCCCUUUUUCAUGCGAUUAUAUGAUUUUGCACUACGGUUUGUUUUUACUCUUGCUGUGUAUUCCGAGCUAUGCUGCCCUCAAGGGAAUGUGGUGGCUCUUGGCGGGCACGUUGACUCCCGCGUACCAGUCGUUUUGGUCUGUCAUCACCGCCCUUGUUGUUUUUGUGGCUCUGGUGGGUGUGGACAUGGCGGGCCGACAGACAUACGGCCGUUGCUGGGUGCACAUGCAUAAGUAUGUUAUCUUGGGGAGGCGGCGGUGGAGUAUCGUGAUGGGAUCACGGCAGAAUUCACUUGUGGUGCCGUGA